AUGACCGUGGAAAACGGAGUGCUUCACGUUCCCGAUCCAGAUCCCCAAAUCGUGCCCCAUCAUCCCAACGUGCUCUCGCUCUUUACCCUCCAGGUUACUGUUGGUAUCACCGGUAUUAUGGAACAAAGGCUCGAGGGUGCGAAGUUGGAUGCACUUUUCCCGGCGCAAGCCAGGGAAACUGAAGACCUGACCAGUUGUGGCGAGAAACUCUGCUGCAGCACUCAAUUCCGCAUUGACACAGGCGUGGAAGUCAGUGUUUUCCAGCUAAGCUCUGGUGACCCGAACACUUCCGCGUCCUGCCAACUUCGUGCCGCAAACAGCACCCCGAUUUCUACGUAUGGUCGAAAGUCCCUAACAAUAAACUUCGGUAUACGUCGCACUUUCCGCUGGGUGUUCUUGGUUGCAGCGGUCCCAUUUCCUAUCAUGGGUAUCGACUUCCUCCAGCAUUUUGACCUUAUGUUUGAUCCCAAACGCCUAGGUUGGUAG